ACAAGCAAGAAUUCGUAUCUGCAUUGUUUAAUUAAAAUGAACACAGAUCUAGAGAGCAAUAAGGGCAAGGUUAUACCGGCAACGAAGCGACCGGAUGGCACAUGGCGCAAGGAGCGUCGUGUCAAAGAUGGUUAUGUGCCGCAGGAGGAAGUCCCGUUAUACGAAAGCAAAGGCAAACAAUUUGUUGCCAAAAGGGUAACUGGAGUGCCGGUCGGCAUGUGCCCACUGUUAGCCGCUGAGAUCAGAAAAGAGCGCGAGAAGAAGGAGAAGGCAAAAGUAAAGAAGGAAACAACUAACAAAGCAACAAUAACAACAACAACAACCACAACAACGACAACAAAACCGACGAGGACAGAUGCAAAAGAUUCGUGCGAUGUAACCAAGUUAACAAAUACACUGGAUACUGCGCUAACGCUUGGCGACGCCCAAGAUAUUGAUGUUGCCAAACAGGUCAAGAAAUUGCGCAAAAAGUUACGAGAAAUUGAGCAAAUCGAGAUUAAAAUCCAAGCCGGGGAUACAACUAAACUCGAUAAAGAUCAAAUGGAAAAGGCGAAAAAGAAAUCGGAAAUUUUAAAGCAAUUGAAGCAAAUUGAGAAGAAAUUACCUGCCUGAUAAAUCGAAUUAUGAGUGUUUUGAAUUUUAAUUUCAAUUCCAUAACAUUGCCUGCCUGCCUGUCUUUCU